AUGUUUUGUUUCCUAUUGGCGUCAACUAUUUCUUUUACUCCUUCAAAAUUUGGAUAUCCUGGAACUGAUACUGUUCAAGCACAGGAGACAGAUUCUAUUAUAAUAUUAAACGAAGUUCCAAAAUCGAUGAACUUAAAACCUAUUAGAGCUAAAAAUUAUUCCAAUCCGCCAAUUGAAGAUGAUCAGUAUGUUUGGCCAAGUCAUCCUUAUACAUGUCCUAAAUCAAUACUUGAUAGUGAAACAGUUGGAAUUAGAAAGGACUUUUGCAAGUGGGCAGAAAGUGUUAGUGAAGAUGAACUUUAUUACCAUCCUGCAGGUUCAAAACAAUUCCUUGGUGAUGAUGCUGUCAUCAAUGCUUCAAAAAGAUAUAAAGCAAGAAUUUUCUUAAACUCAAGACGUGGAUUAUAUCAUCCAACAGGUCUUUAUGCUCCACCUGGUGAACGUAUUACAAUCGAAAUACCAACAAAAAGUGUUGGUAAAAUUACUUUUUCUAUUAAUAGACAUGUUGAUACCCAAGCGAGUCAUGAUGUCAGACUUGGUGGAACAAGAUGUGAGUUUUCUCUUCAAGGAACUGUAACACAAUUCUCAUGGCCAUAUGGUGGCACAGUUGACUUCUUUGUUAAUGCAGAUUCUCUCAAUGCAGGUGUAGACAUCAAUGUCACAGGUGUCAUCAGAUGUCCUUUCUUCAUAUAUGGUGUCACAACAGAUGAAGAGUGGGAAGAAGAGAUCGCACAACUUCCAGGUCCAAUUUUAUCACUCGACUAUGGUGCAGGUUUUGUUGCAGCACCAAGUAGUCUCACGAAAACUGCAGUUCAACUUAAUGAUGCUAUGGCCUUUUGGUGA